GCUACUUUGUUUGAUUCCAGAACAGACUACUUUAACUUUACUGUUACUUCGAACCCAACGUCACAACUUAUCUACUGUUACCAGAGAACUUAUCACAAUCAACAUUUACUGCUCGACUGGCAUUGGCAUCGCAAAGUUGACCAAACGCUUCGCGACAACUUCCAUUCCAAUAUCUAAUUCCCAAAUCUACAACAACUCGACUUCGGUUAUGCCUGCUCCAUCAAUGUCUAACCCACAGUCGCUAGACUCGGCCGCCUUUCGGAACUUUUGUAAACUACCUACGGAAUUGCGACUAAAGAUCUGGAACUACAAUCUCCCUCCCGCGCGCCUCGUACCGAUUCAGUUCGGUUCGUCGUGGCCCGGCUGCUCAGAGUCUCCCUCAUGGACUGGAUGUACCUCAUCAGCGACCAUUCCCUCCAACCUCCACGCCUGCAGCGAGUCGCGCAAUGAAGCCCUCAAGUACUACGGCCUUGGCUUCGGCUUUGCCCGUGGUCCUGGUCAGAUCUUUCUCGACCCGGAACGUGAUAUCCUCUACUUUGGCCCUCGCGAUGGUUACAUGGCCGCAGACUCCCAAUUCCAAACGAUCAUGUCCAUGUGCGAUCCAGAGGAACUCGUUCUUGUUCGCCGUCUCGCCAUUAACGAUGCUCUAUUCUGGGUCGACGAUUCAUAUCGCUCCAUGACUGCGGCCAGUCUCACUGUUGAGCUGCUCCGACGCAUCCAGGCCCGCAUGCCUGGUGUCGAAGAGAUCAUCUUUGUUCCUCGCCCGGAGGAGGCGCGGGGCCCGGAAAGCUACAUUGAGCCCAGCAUGGUUUACAUGCGCAUGGCCCACCAGAUUCAGACUGCCCUUGCGACCCUGUGCGAGCAGACACCCGGCUGGACACCGCCAUGCUGGAGAAUAUUACCACUCAGCGCUUUCCAGAGCGUUGGUGCCGCUUAA